AUGCCGGCAAGAUUUUUAUUGCUGCUAAUAUAUUCUAUCUAUCUAUCUAUCUAUCUAUCUAUCUAUCUAUCUAUCUAUCUUGGUCUCUUCAUGUCUGUCUGUCUCUCUAGGUCUUUUCAUAUGUAUGUAUGUAUGUUUCUAUCUAUCUAUCUAUCUAUCUAUCUAUCUAUCUAUCUAUCUAUCUAUCUAUCUCAAUUUUUAUGGCUGGUAAUAUUUUUAUCUGUCUCUCUAUCUCUCUAUCUUGGUCUCCUCAUGUCUAUCUGUCUCUCUUGGUCUCUUCAUAUCUAUCUAUCUAUCUAUCUAUCUAUCUAUCUAUCUAUCUAUCUAUCUUGGUCUCUUCAUGUCUAUCUGUCUCUCUUGGUCUCUUCAUAUCUAUCUAUCUAUCUAUCUAUCUAUCUAUCUAUCUAUCUAUCUAUCUAUCUUGGUCUCUUCAUGUCUAUCUAUCUAUCUAUCUAUCUAUCUAUCUAUCUAUCUAUCUUGGUCUCUUCAUGUCUGUCUGUCUCUCUUGGUCUCUUCAUAUCUAUCUAUCUAUCUAUCUAUCUAUCUUGGUCUCUUCAUGUCUGUCUGUCUCUCUUGGUCUCUUCAUAUCUAUCUAUCUAUCUAUCUAUCUAUCUAUCUAUCUAUCUAUCUAUCUAUCUUGGUCUCUUCAUGUCUAUCUGUCUCUCUUGGUCUCUUCAUAUCUAUCUAUCUAUCUAUCUAUCUAUCUAUCUAUCUAUCUAUCUAUCUAUCUAUCUAUCUAUCUCAGUCCUAUCUAUCUAUCUAUCUAUCUAUCUAUCUAUCUAUCUAUCUAUAUAUAUAUAUAUAUAUAUAUUAUUAUUAUUAUUCAUACGUGUCAGAACUCCUCCUUUUGUUUUAUUUAAUAAAUCGCAUUUGGGAUCAGUUAUCUUUGGACAGAAUGUGUACAUUCUUAACAUUUGGACAUCAAGUGUUUGGUAA